CCUGCCCCGCGCGUGCGCACUGCGGUUCUGCGCUUGUCAUCAUGGCGACGCGGGGCCAUGUGCAGGACCCUAACGACAGGCGCCUCCGGCCCAUUUACGAUUAUCUUGAUAAUGGUAAUAAUAAAAUGGCAAUUCAACAAGCAGAUAAAUUGUUGAAGAAACAUAAGGAUCUUCAUUGUGCUAAGGUUUUAAAGGCAAUUGGUUUACAGAGAACUGGAAAGCAAGAGGAAGCCUUUACCUUGGCACAGGAGGUGGCGGCCCUUGAACCCACAGAUGACAACUCGCUACAGGCACUGACUAUUCUUUACCGGGAGAUGCAUCGACCGGAGUUAGUUACAAAACUCUAUGAGGCAGCUGUGAAGAAAGUUCCCAAUAGUGAGGAGUAUCACUCUCACCUCUUCAUGGCUUAUGCCAGAGUGGGCGAAUAUAAGAAAAUGCAACAGGCUGGCAUGGCUCUAUAUAAAAUUGUCCCCAAAAACCCUUAUUACUUUUGGUCUGUGAUGAGCUUAAUUAUGCAAUCUAUAUCGGCACAGGAUGAAAACCUCUCAAAAACGAUGUUUUUGCCCCUUGCUGAAAGAAUGGUAGAAAAAAUGGUGAAAGAAGACAAGAUAGAGGCCGAGGCUGAAGUUGAACUUUAUUAUAUGAUCUUGGAACGUUUGGGAAAGUACCAGGAAGCCUUGGAUGUUAUCAGAGGAAAAUUAGGAGAGAAGUUGACGAGCGAGAUUCAGAGUCGGGAAAAUAAAUGCAUGGCUAUGUAUAAGAAGCUGAGCAGGUGGCCAGAGUGCAAUGCCCUUUCCAGGCGCCUCUUACUGAAAAACUCAGAUGACUGGCAGUUCUAUCUGACUUAUUUCGAUUCUGUCUUUCGACUGAUUGAAGAGGCAUGGACUCCUCCUGCUGAAGGUGAACACUCUUUAGAAGGAGAAGUGCAUUAUUCUGCAGAAGAAGCUGUGAAGUUUAUAGAAGAUCGGAUAACAGAAGAAUCUAAAAGUUCCCGCCAUCUCCGAGGACCACAUCUUGCUAAACUUGAACUGAUUAGACGUUUAAGACGUCAAGGUUUUAAUGAUGAGUACAAAUUGGGUGAUCCAGAAGAAUUAAUGUUCCAGUAUUUUAAAAGGUUUGGGGAUAAACCUUGUUGUUUUACAGACCUCAAGGUGUUUGUUGACCUGCUACCUGCUACACAGUGUACAAAAUUUAUUAAUCAGUUACUUGGAGUUGUUCCUUUGUCGACACCAACCGAGGAGAAGCUGGCGCUGCCUGCGGACAUCAGAGCUCUGCAGCAGCAUCUGUGUGUCGUGCAGCUGACGAGGCUGCUCGGCCUGUACCACACUAUGGAUAAAAACCAGAAGCUGAGUGUGGUCAGAGAAUUGAUGCUAAGGUAUCAGCACGGACUAGAAUUUGGGAAAUCCUGUUUGAAAACCGAAUUGCAGUUUUCAGACUAUUACUGUCUCCUUGCUGUCCAUGUGCUUAUUGAUAUAUGGAGAGAAACAGGUGACGAGACUGCUGUGUGGCAGGCCCUGACUUUGCUGGAAGAAGGUUUAACCCACAGCCCUUCCAAUGCUCAAUUCAAGUUGCUGCUUGUUCGAAUCUACUGUGUGCUGGGGGCGUUUGAACCAGUGGUGGAUCUCUACUCCAGCCUUGAUGCUAAGCAUAUCCAGCAUGACACCAUUGGCUAUCUUUUGACUCGAUAUGCCGAAUCCCUAGGUCAGUACGCUGCUGCAUCCCAAUCCUGUAACUUCGCACUCAGGUUUUUCCACUCCAACCAGAAAGAUACCUCAGAAUAUAUUAUUCAAGCUUACAAAUAUGGUGCAUUUGAGAAGAUCCCAGAGUUUAUCGCUUUUAGGAACAGGCUGAAUAAUUCUCUUCAUUUUGCACAAGUCCGUACUGAACGGAUGUUGUUAGACCUUCUACUUGAAGCAAAUAUAUCAACCAGUUUAGCAGAAAGUAUAAAAUCAAUGAAUCUUCAGCCAGAAGAAGAUGACAUUCCAUGGGAAGCCUUGAGAGACAACAGAGACUUAAAUGUUUUCUUCAGCUGGGAUCCAAAAGACAGGGAUGUUUCUGAAGAACAUAAGAAACUUUCCUUGGAGGAAGAGACCAUGUGGUUAAGAAUCCGUUCCUUAACAUUGAGGCUGAUUAGUGGACUUCCAAGUCUGAACCAUCCCAUGGAGCCAAGGAACUCAGAAAAGACCACUGAGAAUGGCGUGUCCUCCCGGAUUGAUAUUCUUCGUUUACUCCUUCAACAGCUGGAGGUGGCCCUGGAGACGGGAAAGCGAUUCAUUGAGAAGGAAGUUCAGUAUCCUUUCCUUGGUCCUGUACCUACCAGAAUGGCUGGAUUCUUUAGUUCUGGCUGUUCUCAGUGUCAGACCAGUUCUUUUUAUCUUGUUAGUGAUAUUUAUGAGCUGGACACCAGUGGUUUAGAGGAUACAGUGGAGAUCCAGGAGAGAGUAGAGAAUAGUCUAAAGUCUUUACUAGAACAAUUAAAAGAUGUCUUCAGUAGAUGUAAAGGUGACCUCUUAGAAGUUAAAGAUGGUAAUUUGAAAACACGACCUGCUCUUUUAGAGAACCUAGUCUUCUUUGUUGAGACUAUUUCUAUUAUCCUUUGGGUGUCCAGUUACUGUGAGAGUGUCCUGCGACCAUACAAAUUAAAUUUACAGAAAAAGAAAAAGAAGAAAAAAGAAACCAGCAUCAUCAUGCCACCUGUCUUCACCAGUUUCCAAGACUAUGUUACUGGGCUUCAGACUUUAAUUUCCAACGUUGUGGAUCAUAUUAAAGGGCUUGAAACACAUCUAAUUGCACUUAAACUUGAAGAACUUAUUUUAGAAGAUACUUCUCUCUCACUGGAAGAGAGAAAAUUUUCAAAGACUGUGCAAGGGAAGGUGCAGAGCAGUUAUCUACACUCACUUCUGGAAAUCGGAGAGCUGCUGAAAAAAAGACUGGAGACCACAAAGAAACUAAAAAUUUAAGGAAGUGGGAACCAGAGGCACCAGUGACUCUACACUAGAAAAUGAUAUCAUCUUCCCAGGCAAAAGCUCCAUCUGGUUGACCAUCAUUUUAAUCCAGAACUUCCUCAUAAAAUGCAUGAAGGACUUUGAUUGUGAAUUAAUUUUUUAGGUAUUAAAUGUAUACAAUUGAUUAAAUUAUUGUAUAUAAAUCAGAAGCAGGACCCUCAUCUGGGUUUGACCACUUUUUAUACAUGUUCAUAUGCAUAUGGCAGCCACAAGAGAACCCCACUUUUCUUCUUUCUUCCCAUCACCAGAAACAUCUGGUGGGUAGGUGGGGGUCCUAUAAAAGCAGCAAUAGAAGUUAAGCAUAAAGCAUUGACCUCAGAGCAGCUGAAUGGCCCUACCAUUAUCAUAGUGGGUGUUUGGUCUGGUCCUUGAGCCUUAGGAAGCAGAAUGCAGAAGUAGUGGGACCAUGACUGGGAGCAGGCCCUCUUUCCACAUUA